AGUGUUCACAGUUAGUUAACCUUUUCGUUAUUGUCAUUCAAGUUGAAUUAAUGAUCAGAUUUACAUACCUCACUCCUGUUUAGUACUCUUUCCCUGUCAGGAAGGGGCUAAACUCUACUGUUCUGUCAAUCUAACGUCGCGCGCACCUCUUUCAGGACCACUAGUUUUGGCCCCACACUUUCCGUCAUGUGGACUGCAUUAUGGUCACUCGCUUUCCAGCACACGCUUUUUUUCAAAACAUCCGUCAUUCCACAUUUAAUGGAGAAGGAGGAUUUCGUUGCAUAAUCAUUCAACCUGCAACCACAUUUGCAUAAAUCAGGUAAUAGGUGGAAAUGUCCGCUCACAUUUCUUUCAAACGCUCGAUUUGUUUUAGUAUAAUGUGUGAGGGAUAAGAGUAACCACAAAUGCAACAUUAAUGUUAUUUAAAUAAAAUAUCUCUAUAAUUUAAUAUGCAUCUUGGUUUAACAACCAUAGUCUGGCUGUACAGUGUAAGCCUGUAAGCACAGGAUACUGUCUAUGAGAUAAACGACUCCCUGCACAGCCCCCAUACGUAAAGACGGUUAAUUACUUUUGAGCUGGAAGCCUUCAGUUGGUUCUUUGACUUUUAUGGCACCAAGGCGCGUUUGACGCAUUCUUUAGUAAGCUGUUCCCCUCACCCUCCUUCCUACUGUCCCUUUAGCAGCGAAAAGUAUCAAUACAAUACAAAUGGGAAAAGGAAAGACUCCUUCCUACGUUUCCUUUUGACAAACAAGUAUAGCCAACGCAACGAAAGUAAACGUGUAAUGCCUUUAAAUAGGCAUUCGGUAUGUCAAUUGUACAGUAGAAAAACAAAUCUUUUUUCCAAGUAAUUUUGGAACAUUUUGCUUUGAUGCAUGCAUAACGAAACUACUAAAAUACUAAAAUAAACGGGGUAUAAUGUUAUACUGUUAUAAACAGCUGACAGGUUUCAGUUUUGUCAAAAAAAAAAAACUAAAACUUUCAUGCAAUGUUUUGUAGGGUAAUGACAAAACAGAAGGUACACAAUAAAAAUAAUAGUUCGUUUUGCGUAGUGAGAAGUUAAUUGAGUAAUCCAAUGUUUUGUAUAAAAAGGCAGCAAAUACCAUUAUCUGAGAGACAUCUUGUGAAUGCUAUGCACAUUAGUCUUGCAGGUAAUUCGAUGAGGUAAAUUCUUACUCAAUUGAACGUGCAUAAAACUCAAAUAUUCCCAUAACCACACUCCCUGAAACAUGUUUGUUUACCUCCCUUUCUGGCUUUUUGGCGCAUUGAUUACAUUAAGGUAAUAGAUCAAGAGAGACAAAGACACACACAGAAAGAGAGAUGGAGAGAGAAAGAGAGAGAGAGUGAGGGAGGGAGCGAGAGGGAGAGAGAGAGAGACUGUUUUCCUUAAACAUUAUCAACUGAAACCAGUGGGAUAUGAAGCUACAAGCUCCAUAUUCACCCUGUACACAGCGCUCUCAAUUGGUGGAAAGUGGUCAGGUGACGUUGUCAUAUUGUCCUUCCUCAAGCCAAGCCUUGGCUAUAACACUUGCUUUGCGCGUCUUAACCAGAGACUAGAAAUUAAUAUUAUUGAAAUCUUGCUUGAACUUCAUUUGAAAGCGAGUUUGGAAGGCAGGAAGGAGCUGGACGCGUGGCUACGUGUGCGCGUAUAUGGGCGAAGGACACACACACAUACACACACUUAGGCGCGCAGAGAGGAAGCGUGAGAGAGAUAGACACACAGAGUGAGAUACAGAGAAAGAUAGCGAGGAAAUAAGAAAGAAGGGAGAGUUGAUGAGAGGGCAACACGCAAAGGCAUGAAUUCGUAUUUCGCGAACCCGUCGCUCUCAUGCCAUUUAUCCAGCGGUCAAGAGGUUUUACCCAACAUGCCACUGAACACUACCACCUAUGAUCCGGUCAGGCAUUUCUCGUCUUACGGCUCCACCGUGACCCAGAACCGGAUUUACGCGUCUCCUUUUUACUCCCCACAAGACAAUGUCGUGUUCGGGUCAAGCCGGGGACCUUACGAGUACGGAUCUAACGUGUUCCUUCAAGAUAAGGACGUGCUACCCAGUUGCAGGCAAACGAGCAUGGGACUCAAUGCGCAGAGCCACGUUGCUCAGGACUACAGUCUGGAACAAGCCCGGAGCGGGACGCAGGACCAAAAAGGAAACAUUCAGAUCUACCCGUGGAUGCAGCGCAUGAACUCGCACAGCGGAGUUGGGUACGGGUCAGACAGAAGGAGAGGUCGACAGAUUUACUCCCGAUACCAAACCCUGGAGCUGGAAAAGGAAUUCCACUUCAAUCGCUAUUUGACCAGACGCAGACGAAUUGAGAUUGCCAAUGCUCUUUGCUUAACAGAGCGUCAGAUCAAGAUUUGGUUCCAGAACCGGCGCAUGAAAUGGAAGAAGGAGUCCAACCUAACCUCGACUGUAACCGGCACGGAAUCGGGUGCUACUCAGGAACCCGAGAAACAGAGCAUACAGGAGAAGACAGAAGAAGUAAAAAAGAAUGACUAAUAAAAUGUAUUUUUGUUCGUUUGUUUGUUUGAACGCCUGUUAAACUGCAACGUAACUACCUAAACUCUCAGAAAUGCAAUUAUAACUGCAUGGACUGUAUAUUCUGCUAUACUACCUUUUACACCCUUAUUAUCUCCACCACUACCACACGAAUAUUCACGUGGAGAGAGAGAGAGAGAGAGCGAGAGAGAUAGAGAGUGAGAGAGACUAAAUGCAGCGUUAUACAAUUUACUAUUCUUUGUAUUUUUGGUAGCGUGGAUAUGAAAACAUGAAAAAAAAAAAAUUAAACAUCAGUAGAUGCCAUAAAUUUGUGUGAUUACCAGUCCUAUUACUAUCGUGUUUAUUUGGGCUGGAAUACAGGUACACUAAGAACGAUCUAUACACUAAUUUGAUCAGUGGGCUAUGCCUUUUUUCUCUUACUGAUGCAAAACGCAGUGCCAAUAGCAUUCCAAAUG